AUGUUUGAAGGAGAAUUAUUGGUCAAUUGUACAAGAAAGGGAGAUGGACAAGAAAGCUGGGGUUACGUUACAGUUCGGCCCAAGGCCCAUAUGUUUUGGUGGUUCUACAAAAGUCCUUAUAGGACUCAGGGUCUAACAAGGUCACGACCCAUAAUCCUUUGGCUGCAGGGUGGACCCGGUGGAUCUGGAGCUGGGGUUGGCAAUUUUGUAGAAAUUGGGCCAUUGGACGUAUGUUUGAAGCCCAGAAACUCAACAUGGCUGAAAAAAGCAGAUUUAUUGUUUGUGGAUAACCCAGUUGGGACAGGAUAUAGUUACGUGGAGGAUCCAAAAUUACUUGUGAAAACUGAUGAUGAGAAUGCUGCUGACUUAACUACACUUUUGAUUCAAGUUUUCAACACUGCUAAAGAUGAAAAUAUGCAAAACAGGCCUCUUUAUAUAGUGGGAGAGUCUUAUGGAGGAAAAUUUGCGGUGACUCUUGCUUUAUCAGCUCUAAAAGCAAUAAAGAAGGGAACAUUAAAGCUAAAGUUAAGAGGAGUUGCACUGGGGAACGCUUGGAUGUCUCCAGAAGAUUAUGUGUCUUCAUGGGGCCCUCUGUUAAGUGAUGUCUCAAGGCUGGACAACAAUGGCCUACUUGAGUCAAACAG